UGGCGCAACGGAUGUAUCAUAUUGGCGUCUUGAUGCGGGAGACGGCCGAAUUUUGGAACAGGUGGAAUUCCAGCCUCGAGCCCUGUUUGAGAAACGUGGAUUUGAGACCAAGAUUCCCAUUCCAGAGGACAUGACGGCCCCUUACUCCCGGUUGGCUACUCUAGACGCUCAAAACGAAGUUCUAGGGUACACAGGUAUCCUCGGGGAGCGAUUAUCUUUCCCACGAGAACAGCCGGUCUCUCUUGCGAUGGGGUAUUGGAUUUAUACCGCAUGUGUUUUUUUAGCGAUUGGGUUCUUGUUCAAGCAGAUGCUUGGUCGAUGGUUAUCGCGUAUGCGCUUCAAUAUAAAUCCACAAUGCUGAAAAUGUAUAUAAAUAUACAUCAAAGCACAGUUGAUCAGUCCUGUAAAUAAAAUGUAGAGACUUCUAACCAAGUAGAUCUCACCAGGAACCGUGGG